UGAAGCAACAUAGGUUGAAUGCAAUGGCACCGCCCAGAACCCCACCCCUCUUCAUCACACUCUCACUCCUAUGCAUUCUCUCUCUAAUCUUCUUCUACCUCUACUCCACCUCCACCGUCCCACCACCGCCAAAUUCCAGAACCGAUCUCUCCCAAGAUCGCAUCAAAGUCUACGUCUCCCCCCUCCCCAGAUCCCUCAACUACGGCCUCUUACAAAACUACUGGGCCCUCUCCUCCGACACAAGAAUCGGCAGCCAAGUCGACAACGAAAUCCGUAGCAAAAUCUCGCCCAAACAACCCGUCAAAUCCCUCCCCUUCCCCGAAAACCCCAUUAUCAAACAGUACAGCGCUGAAUACUGGAUCUUGGGAGAUUUAUUGACGCCUGAGCAUCUCAAAGGAGACUCCUUUGCCAAGAGGGUUUCGGAUUCUAGGGAGGCCGAUGUGAUUUUCGUCCCAUUUUUCGCCACAUUGAGCGCUGAAUUGCAGCUGGUGGUUGAUAAAGGCGUGUUUAGGAAGAGGGUUGAGACGAAUGAGGAUUAUGUGAGGCAGAGAAUGGUGAUUGAUUCGGUUAAAAAGACGGAAGCUUGGCGGAAAUCUGGGGGCAGAGAUCAUGUUUUUGUUCUCACUGACCCUGUUGCAAUGUGGCAUGUCAAAGACGAGAUAGCCCCUGCUAUCCUCCUUGUGGUGGACUUUGGUGGAUGGUACAGGCUUGACACGAAAACAUCCAAUGGAAGCUCUUCCGACUCAAUGAUACAUCACACUCAAGUCUCUCUACUGAAAGAUGUCAUCGUGCCAUACACCCAUUUACUUCCUAGGCUACACCUAUCUGAAAACCAGAAGAGGCCCACACUUCUUUACUUCAAAGGAGCAAAGCAUAGGCACCGGGGAGGUCUUAUUCGUGAGAAAUUAUGGGAUUUGUUGAUCGAUGAGCCGAGAGUGAUUAUGGAAGAGGGCUUUCCUAAUGCCACAGGGAAGGAGCAAUCGAUAAAGGGGAUGAGAUCAUCGCAGUUCUGCUUACAUCCAGCAGGCGACACACCAACUUCGUGUAGACUCUUUGAUGCUGUGCAGAGUCUCUGCAUACCAGUCAUUGUCAGUGACAACGUUGAGCUCCCAUUUGAAGGCAUGGUGGAUUACUCAGAAUUCUCUGUUUUCGUUGCUGUUAGUGAUGCUUUGAAGCCCAAUUGGCUAGUGAGUCAUCUGAGAAGCUAUUCUCGUGAACAGAAGGAUAGGUUUCGCAGAAACAUGGCCACGGUUCAACCGGUCUUUCAAUAUGACAACGGCCAUCCGGGUGGUGUUGGCCCGAUACCUCCAGGUGGUGCAGUGAAUCACAUAUGGAGGAAAGUUCAUCAAAAGCUACCAUUGAUCAGAGAAGCUAUCACACGAGAGAGGCGAAAACCUCAGGGAGUAUCGGUUCCACUUCGUUGUCAUUGCAUUUGAUGUAUCAUAUUUUCCAUAACUCACUUCUUCACUUUACUCCAUUUUUGUAUUUUAGUGUUUUCGUUUAUUCAUCAAUAUGGGUUUAUUAUACCUUCCUUGAUAGAUCUACAGCACAUGGUUUGCAUUUAUUUGUAUCUUAUAUGGAUUGGUCUAGCUAGCAUCUCACAAAUACCAUCAAGAAUGCCUUUACAUUA